UCAGUCACACUGUUCCAAAGAUAACUGCAGAAUUUCCUUGCUCAGACAGUAGACAGUGUAUAUGUUUCGCGUGUGUUAUGACAUUUUUGGAAUGGUUGAGUGUAUCAUAUGAGUGUUAAUAAAGUAAUUAUAGAAUGUCUGUUAGUAGUGAUUCUGAAGAAUUUUACGACGCUGAAGACUUAACACCCAGUCGACAAUCGAGGAAAAUCAAAUCUACCAAGGAAGAUGAUGUUAUCCCGAGAAGUGAUUCUGAAGGUAGUGUUUUUGCUGCAGAAGCCAAAAGAAAUUCUACGACAGAAGAAACAGCUUCAUCUCGUCAACUCUCAAGAUCAGUACCCAAUGACGAAUGUCAACAAAUACCGGAAAAAGAUGAUGUUGAAAGGAAAGUGCUUGAAAGUCACCAAGGACGAAAACGCUUUAGAGAACUCCGCCAGAGAAUGCAAACUGAAGAUGAAGAUAUUGGGCCGAGCAAUACUUCUCCACCAGACAGCCAGACAUCAUCAAUUGAAGGAGUUUUUGCUGUUCCCCCCAAAACUCUUCAUCCUUUUCGUAUUAUAGAGCAUGAUGCUUUGAGCCUACAAAGCAUGACUUCACUGGGACGUGUUGGUCGGAUAUUGGCUGGCUUUGUUGAUGCUACUGGAGUGGGUCGUGAAAGUCUUCAGUCAGGUGCUGGCUCCGGUGUUCACAGUAGUGGAUUUUCAUUGGGAAGGGAAGAGUCAAUGUCUGAAACAUCAUCCUUGUUGUCUCAAGGUUCCCACACUCAUAUAUCAGUUAACACUGAACGCCGAAUGGGUACAGCUGGUAAAGCAGGUUCAGCACCAAGUCUUACCACAUCAGCGUCACAGCAUUUUCCUCGAGAAGAACGCCAGGGAUCACUACCAUUGCAGGAACCAGACGUAAUUGCUAGUACAAAGGGCAAUGGUAAGAUAUCUGAUGUGAAAACAGCAGACAGUGUUGCCGUACCAGUUCCUGUGGCCCCUCCUCGACGUAAGAAGAAAGCCAAAGCUCAGGCACCCAAAACACUCAGUCCUCCUAACACAGAAGACAAAUGCUUGCCACCUCCACCUCUACCAAGCCCUGCUAGUACAAUAGAAUCAUUAACAAGGGAAUUUGAGCAUUCUUUGGAUAUUCGCUCUGCAACAAAGGGGCAAUAUGUUGUUAAACCACAGGAUGAGGAACGAGCAAAGGCAGAGGGCCCAUCACAGGAAGAAAAAGAGCGACUGGAGAAGCUGAAGGCAGAAUUAACUGGCGCACGUACGCUAUCGUGUCCAAGUCCAGCUGGAUCUCUCGGAUCUCGUCAAGCCAGCCAUUUUGCAACUCCACGAGGAUCUCGUGAACGCCGUAGAUCUGCGGGUGAUGAACAUGGAGUAAUGUCACAGCUGAAUAUGAUUGUGCGCACUCGCACUGAUUCUGGAAAGCAGCUUUCAGAUCUGGAAAUUUUGGAGCAGGUCACUGUUUUGAACCUUGAUACUGGAGAGCGUGUCCCACUCAGCAUUGCAGAAGAUAAAUUACCACAGUGUAUAAAUCCACUUUCCCUUCAUAUCAUGAGGCUUACGUCAGAGUAUGUGAGCAAUUCAAGUCUUGAGAAGGAGAAGGAAUCUGAUGAAGAGAGUGUUGAUAGCAAAAAGUCAUCAAUACCACCAGAAGAUGCAGAUGUGAGUAAAAUGCGUAAACGUACAGCACAGCUUAAAAAGUUUUUGGGCUCAAAAGUGAGAAAAACAAUGGACAAGGCUAAGUCCAUUGCACAGGAAGUGUCACAUGCUCGCCACAAAGAAGAUGUUAUGGAUAUUGUUGAUGAAGUUAAUCCUGGUGAGCAAUAUAUCAAGCUCAAAGCUUCUGGUAGUCAUAAGGGUCCGUAUGAAUUUGAUAGCCUUCAGCAUGUUCAAGACCUAAGUGGUGAGCAUGUGGGGCCUGUAUGGUGUAUGAAAUUUUCCUCUUGUGGUCGCCUCCUUGCCACAGCAGGUCAAGAUCGUGUACUAAGAAUAUGGGUUGUGCGUAGUGCAUACACGUAUUUCCAAGAUAUGCGUACAAAAUAUAAUGCAGAGAAAGUAUCACCUACUCCGUCUCAAGAGUCACUAGUUUCCCAGCAUUCCUCAGAAGAUCCAAAUGCUGCAUUUGCUGAUAUGAAAAGUGAAGAAGUGAAGAGAUGCCCAUUCAUGCCAAAACCAUUUUGUACAUACACUGGUCACACUUCAGAUUUGCUGGAUGUUUCAUGGUCUAAGAAUUAUUUUGUACUGUCAUCAUCGAUGGACAAGACUGUCAGGCUGUGGCACAUUUCAAGAAAAGAAUGCUUGGUGUGUUUUCAACAUAUUGAUUUUGUUACUGCCAUUGUAUUCCAUCCUCGAGAUGACCGUUACUUUCUAAGUGGAUCCCUGGAUGGUAAAUUAAGAUUGUGGAACAUCCCUGAUAAAAAAGUUGCUGUGUGGAAUGAGCUUGAUGGUCAAACAAAGCUAAUUACUGCUGCGAAUUUUUGUCAGAAUGGGAAGUUCGCUGUUGUGGGUUCGUAUGAUGGGCGAUGUAUAUUCUAUACAACAGAACAACUUAAGUACCACACACAGAUUGAUGUGCGCUCCACAAGAGGCAAAAAUUCAAGAGGGAGAAAAAUUAGUGGUAUUGAACCAAUGCCUGGAGAGGAUAAAAUACUUGUAACUUCAAAUGACAGUCGUAUUCGGCUCUACGACCUUAGGGACUUGAAUCUAUCUUGUAAAUAUAAAGGAUAUGUCAAUGUUAGUAGCCAAAUAAGAGCAAGCUUCAGUCAUGAUGGAAAAUAUAUUGUUAGUGGCUCUGAGAACCAAUGUAUAUAUAUCUGGAAGACUCAUCAUGAUUAUUCAAAAUUUUCAUCUGUUCGAAGGGAUAGGAAUGACUUUUGGGAAGGAAUCAAAGCUCACAAUGCUGUUGUGACAUGUGCUAUAUUUGCUCCAAAUCCUGACAUCAUAAUUCGGCAGAUAGAGGAACAAGAAGGAACAUUAGCUAGUCAGAACCUUAAGGUUGAAGAUCCUUUAGUAGAACAGCACACAAAGGGUUGUGGGGGCUAUGUUUUAGUGAGUGCUGACUUCAGUGGUUGCAUAAAAGUUUUCCUUAACAAGAUGAAACCAAAACACAGUUCACUGCCUGCAUCAGCUUUGGUUUGAGGAGGAUGCAGCAAAUUUGAAACUAUUGUAUAAAAGUGUUGGUGUUUGUCAGCGACUGUUAGAAACCUUCUGUUGAGCUAAAUGCAAUCGCAACUAAUUCCUGCUGUGACUUCUGCUACAUAGAACUCAUUAGAGAAAUUGUAAACCAACAGUUUCAUAUUUCUCUGUGUCCAUUUUUGUUUCUUGUGCAGUAUUCAUAACAUUUCAUUGAAUCUAACUCUUACAAAAUGAUAGGAAAUUUUAGAUUAUUCUGAAAUUAUGGUGGGUAGUGUUUCAUUCAGUUUUUACAUACAGUUUAUGACUGUUUUGUAAAAUACCUUUGGGGUAUGAUUUUCUUCUCUUUUGGUCUGUAUUGUAUGAAAAUAGUAUUAGUCAAUUUCCGACUAAAUGUGACUAUGCCUAAAUAAUACAUUGCAUGUGCUAGUUUUUUUGGCACACAUACCAUUUACCUUCUUAAAUGACAGUUUACCGCCGUAGAACAGUCAUUUGUUUUGCCAGUAAUACAGUAUAUCAUUGAUGCAAUCCUUUGAGAAUUUUCUGCCUGUCUGAUAGGAAUAUAUAUAAUGUUCUAGAAUUUGUUUACCUGAAGAAACAUAAUGAAAUUUUAAAUGUGCAUCAGAAUCCUUUUUUGUAUUUACUGUUAUCAGGACAUCUAACUUGCGUCUGAAAACAUUUAUAAUACUCCCCUAAAUUCUUUAAAUUUGUCUCACUUUCCUUAACUGAACUUCAACAUUUGACUGAGAAUGUAUGGUAACAGUGUAGUUAGUUUUCUUUCCAUCACUGGGCAAAAUAUGGUGAACAGCAACUAAAUUUAUGCCUUGAGAAGCAUGAAGGCAGCAGACAAUUCUGUAACAAUGUUAAAUACUAUUUACCCAAGUUUGGUUGAUAGCCAAUUGUAAUAAUUAAAUUAAACCAUUACUACUUUAUUUCAUUGAGUUAUAUGUGAUGGAGUUUUAUGUGAUGCAGUAUAAUGUGUCCAAAAAGGGCAAUCAUUAAAUCAAGUUAAUCAUGUUUAAUUCGCUCCAGUGUUAUGAAAGGCACCUAGACAUUAAAAAAAUAAUUUUGUAACAAUUAACCAAUAUACCAGCAAAUUCUCACUUCUUGUAAAGCAUAUUUACAAAAUUUGCAGUAUUUUUUGUAGUAAAUUGUAAAAAUUCCAUUGUUGCAACUGAUGCUUACAAUUUCAUUAUUGUUAGAUUUCUUUUAUAAGUUGUUUAUCUUUUACAUCUUAUUAUAACUGCCUUUGAUUUUGAUAGGGGUGUGCCUCCUUCCCCUCCUCCCAUGUUUCCCUUACACACUCUUCCCAAAAAUUUGUUCAGUAAGGGGGAGGGAGGGUGUCUUAUUCUAAACCAAAUACAGGUGCCUAUGGCAAGUAAGUCUGUGGCAAUUUCUGAAUAGAUGAUAGCUUGUGAAUUUGAGACACCUGAUACAGUAUUAAGAAAGUCAGCUGUUUGAUGUAAAGAAGCAGCUGGAAAUACAAUUAGAGAGGCAGUGCUGUUCAUGCCAAAAAAGACACACUCCACUGUGGAUAUGGACAUGUGCAUUUGAUGUCUGUGCAGAUGUGUGUAUGAAUGUUUGUACUUCUACUAGCAGAAGAUCAAGAGCUCGAAAGCUAGUUUGCAUAGUUUUCUGUUGCUUGUUUCUAUGCACCUCACAUUAGUCAGCUAUAAAUGAGUGGUUGCCUUUCCUUUAUUUUACAUAUUGCUCCAUCCAGGAAUUUCCAUUGUCAAAAAAAUAAAACAAGUCACUAAAAAAAUAACAACUAUUGGAACUACACAGGUUAUUGAAUAUGAGGAGGCUGAAGGGGAGUAAAAGACACUCAAAUAAAAAUCAUAAGUGUGGAAGGUUAAUAAAAAGUUUUUUAAAAUAUUUCUCAGACUUAACUGUCAGAGGCACUUUAUAAAGUUUUUCUCAGGGAAAGAUAAUGUAGUUGAGGCUUCCUGAAUCACAAAAUCAUGGUAGCUAAGUUGUGAUAAUGAUACACUAAAGCAAUUACAUGCUCAUGUAUAAUGAAGUAUUCAAAGAACCUGUUCUUUGAAACGAUAUACUACUUGUUAUAAGGGCUCUUAAUUUUAGGCAGAAACCUCUUUUUUUGAGUGGAACAAGAAGUCUAAAAAUUGAUCUUAUGUAACAUCAAACUAGUGAAUGUACUUUCAUUUAUUUCACAUCAGACCGAGCGAGGUGGCGCAGUGGUUAGCACACUGGACUCGCAUUCGGGAGGACGACGGUUCAAUCCCGUCUCGAGCCAUCCUGAUUUAGGUUUUCCGUGAUUUCCCUAAAUCGUUUCAGGCAAAUGCUGGGAUGGUUCCUCUGAAAGGGCACUGCCGAUUUCCUUCCCAAUCCUUCCCUAACCCGAACUUGCGCUCCGUCUCUAAUGACCUCGUUGUUGACGGGACGUUAAACACUAACCACCUCCACCACCAUUUCACAUCAGAAUUUGACUGCUGUUUGGCGCAGUGACAAAGCAAGUAUGGACAUAAUGCGUUAUAUGAAUGGUUAGAAAAAAGAGACCACAUUUGUCACUUUAUGCGGCUCUUUUUCCCCCACUUGUUUUUCAAAGUGUUUUGAUUUUAUGAUUUGUAAGCCAGAUGCUUAUGAGCAUUACCUGGCUGAUAAAAACGCCAUCUUGUGGAAUCUAAAGCACUAAAAUUAUGUACACAGACCUUUGGAACUACAACUGCUAUUUCUUCCUGUCUGUUAGAUGAAGUUUAUGUUACGAUUAUUUUGACACUUCUUAUUUAACACAAAUAUAAAUUAUUUUAGUCUCCAUCAAAUGAUAGUUAACUUGCAAACUUGUUGCCAAGGCCUGGAGGGAUAGUUUGUAAUUUGUUUUGUCUCUAUGCCUAUUUCUGUACUCUUAAGUAAAUGGUAAAAAUGACAAACAAUGGAAACUCAGGUAGGAGUAUUAACCAUAUAAGAAAAGAGAGAUUGCUACUUACUGUAAAGAUGACACAUUAAGUUGCAGAUAGACACACGUAAGCUUUCAGCCGAAGCCUUUGUAAAAAAUAAAAAAAAAAGAACUACUCCACUCAUUCACAGAAGAAGCAAGCACACCUCAUGUUCACAACCUCCAACUUUGACAAGAAUUUUUAUUGAUUGUGGCCUGAGCUGCCAGAGUUGGUGGUUAUGGCUACAUGAGGUUUGCUUGCUUGCUUGUGUGAGUGAAUAGUAUGUUUCUCUCUUUUUCUGACAAAGUCUGUGGUCAAAAGCUUAUACAUAACUGUCUUUUGAUUGUACCUAUCUGCAACUUAAUGUGUCAUCCAUACGAUAAGUAGCAAUCAUCUUUUCCUACAUUGUAAAUGCUAAUGAAGAAGACACUCUAUUGUUGUGAGUGCAAAAUUAUGUAGAAAUGAGCAUACUCUGCCAUGUCAAGAUAUGUUUUUAGUCUGAUGUGGAGCAACAUAAACUUACAGAUGUUUGUCCUUGUGUUUCUCGAAUAGGCUAUUAAAAUAGUAGUUUCAGCUCAUGGUUUCCAUAUGUUUUUAUUGUCAGUAUGGUACUAGUGAAAUGCUUCAUGUUUCAGGCUUUUGUAUUAAAAAAAGUUUUUUGCCAUGAGUAUUCUGUUUUUAACUUACAAAUUUCAAGAAAUUACAAAUUUACAGUUUGUGGUCAACAAUGCCUACUUGAUUAAAGGUAGCAUCAGUGGGGAUCACAUAAUAUAGACCACCACUCCCACAAGAAAUCUUUAUUAAAAACAAAUUCUGUGUUGAUAAAAGCAGAGCUAGAGUGAUUUGUUUUAAGGUAAAUUGUGCUUCACACAAAGACAAGAGUUAAAAUGUAAUGACAGUGCCCACAUAUCAAUGUGAAGAUAACAUUCAUGAGGGUGAGAGGAUUGCAUAUUGUUCAACCCUUUAGAAGGUCUCUCAGACACUGGUAUCAUUAUGAGCGUGUAAUAUUUUCUUGCUGUCUCAUUUUCUCUAAUUUCUCACUAGUUUCCUAAUCCUUAAAAGGGAGGCUAUAUUGUAGAAUUAAAUUUUAUUUCUUACUUUGAACUGCAGUAUGGCUUUGAUGAUGCUUUACUAUUCCUGACGUACCAGAGAAUGCUGUUCAUUUAAAACGUCUUGUGGUGUGUACAGUUUUGUCUGUUUCUGUUAAAAUCAGCUGAGAGCUAUUAAAUUUUAUGUCUGUCCACAAUAGAUGACACUAGAGUUACGGAGUUCAUAAUAAUAGUUUGGUAGCAUUUUCAACUUUGUUUCAAAGUUUGUUGAAUCACACUUCCCACCCAUGAAAAUACUCCUUUCUAUUUUUCUUUAUUCAGGCUAUUUAGAUAAAUAUUUUAAUAAUUUGCAAAAUCUAUAGUAUUUGUAGCUGUUAAAUCCAUAUAUCCAUUUUGUUUGCGUUAGAGAAUGUGUAAAUACAACAUUGUUUUAUUUUCAGCCAGAAUUGAUUUAAAACUAAAUUCAUACAUUCAACAUUUAAAUUUUGAUUCAGUGGAAAAAUCUAACUUUUCCAAUUAAUAAUUAAUUCCCUUUGUGCUGAUACAGAGGCAAAAAAGAAACUGGCAUAAUAUUUUAGUACACUGCCUGUAUAGUAUAACUGACAUUCUACAUUACUCACAAAGAAUGCGACAUGUCGGUCUUCGUAUAAUUUGGACAAAAAAUGCUGCUGUUAGACAGGAAUAAUAUCAUGAGUAUUGCAGUAUAUUUGUUUCUAAACUACCAUGUUACUUGCCUGCCAUUCUAAUAUUAUUUCUCUCUGUUUCGAUAUGAGAAUUUUUUAUACCUUAAUUACUUUAAUUUUGUGUAGAUUUUUGCAAAUAGAUGAUAUAAAUUAAAUAUGUGGUGACAGAAUUGGAGAUAAACUUAAUAAUAUUUACUAAAUCUUUUGUGUUGUGUUUCCUUUUUCCUCUACUUCAUGUUGCCAGUAAAAUGUCUAAAAGGUUCUAUGCUAUAUUUAAUUGCUUUGUUAUAAAAUGUUGUUUCUUUUACUAAUAAACAGUAUGUGUGCAGAUGGAUAAACACUUCCUUUAAGCUUUAGCUCCUAUUAACUGUGUGUAAUGAUAGCCACUAUAUGAAUUUUUAUGCAUGUGAUAUCCAAACUUAAUAUGAAUUUUGUUAAAACCCUGUUUGAUUUUUUUAUGGAUAUAGUUGCAAUGUAAGAGUUAGUCUGAGAGAUAUUUAUUUAGAGAAGCUUUCCUGUAAGAAGCAUGAGUAUUGGAUACCCUAUUUGUCUAUAGGAACUUCUUUGUAUUUCAUCUUGGCUUUUAUGUUCACCUUCGAUAAUAUUCUCAGCUGGUAUGCAAAUACUUGUCCCGUUCCUUGCUUCUCUCCCUUUUUCAGUUUAUCAUUGAGGACAUUUACUCAAUGAUGUUUGUGCAUCAGUGUUUUCGAGAGUCACUGAGUGCAAAAUUGUCUUUUUUUAUAUGGCUGCCUGAAUUAUAUACAUUUCCUCCUGUAUCAAUUGGUUUCAUUUUAACUUAGUGAGAAUGUAGAAGAGUCAUAUUUAUUCAGAAUUAGAGGGAAAACAGUUUAUAUUAACACUAAAAAUGUGAGGCUGAUCAGUACUCAUUAACGAAAUGCAGUCAAAUUUCCUGAGCUGAAUCUAGUCAUGAACAUUGUACAUUAUUUGAGGAUGAAAAUUAUAUAUUAUGUUAUUACAUCAUGUACAUAAAGUAAGGUAAGCAAAGAGAAAUAUAUAUUUAACAAUCAAGUGCACAGUUACUUGCUGCUAACUGCGACUCAUGAAUUACAUCCUCAUGAGCUGAUCAAAAGAGACAGAUACUCUGGUUUUGCUGCUGAAAUUUCAGUAUGAGUGGAGCAGGAGAGAAAGAAGUGAAGUGCUCUAGAAAAAAGGAGCUCUAAAUAAUCCUUUACUUUUUUAGAACAGACUUUUCAUAUGCAGUUAAAAGCAUAGAAAAUAAUUGGCCAUUAAUUUAAAAGAAAGUGCAGACAAUGAAAAUAGUUAUCUUGUAAUCCAUUGUUCUCUUCAUUUUUUGUACAUGUUUUGGAAGUGUUGAAAAACUUAUCAAUAUCCCAGAUAUGAAGAGGAAUGUCCAAGUCUUCGUAACUACAAGUGGACUUUACAACCAAACAUUUGUGCUCAAGUGUCUUGAGUUCAGCCUUAGUGUAGUGUAAUUCCCAUGUACAUUACUGUGUAUCGCCUGAUUCAGCAUUUGACAUGAUUACUUCGAACCUCCAGCACCUGUACAUUCUAGCUUUUUUUUCACCUGAUAAUAUGUUUUGUAGAGAUUGAAAUUUUCUUUGUAACUUAAAUCUUUCUCAUCCAUGCUUUAGUUGGUCUUGUUUUAUUGACUUGUUAAUAGAUACUGUUUUGAUGUCCAACACUAUGGGUAUGAGUACUAGUUAGACCAACAUGAUUACCGUUUUGAAUCCUGUUGCUACUCUGCUUCUAGCUCUCCUUUUAUCUAAAGAUAGGAUUAUUUUUUCAAUUCUUUCUGUUUACAUUUGUCUUUUGUUUGUAUUUGUGCAUCAUAUGCAUGUGUUUGCACAUACCCCAAUAAACUGUGACUAUUUCGUAUCAUUUUACUUCCUGUUCCUUCAGCACAAUGAUGUGCAACUUAAACAAUGGAUCGCAAUUUAUUUGAGGGCAUGGAUUUGUAUUUUGUACCCCUUGUUGUAAAUUAGACUUUUACUUUCACUCAUUAUGGGAACUUCAUUUCUAAUGAUCUUACAAGAAAAAUGUAUAAUUGCUGGAAUUUGUCCAAAUGCUAUUUAUUGUCAAAAUCUGCCCUCUUGUUAUGUGAUGACUGUGAUUUCAGAAGAGGGUUUGUGCAAAUAAAUCAGCUGAUAACUUUUAACGUUUUACAUAUUUUGUUGGUAUUUUGAGAACUUCAAGAUAUUGUAUGUUCAGCAGUUCAAGUUGACAGUAGAGUUAAACUUCAUGUCAGACACAUUUUAUAUAUUAUAUAUGAAAACACCAAAUGCAUUUUCAAAGAUUGGAGGCAAAUUGUUGUUAAAAUUAUUGUUACAUAAACACCAACUUCUGCGAGCACAGAAUAAGUAAGAUUUGAAAAAUUGUGUUAUUGUAAAUAGUAUUUUGAAAAUAGCAUUUAUUUUCAUAUGUCCUUGCCACAAUGUCAUCAGUGUAUAUUAUUUGAGAUGCUUGUAUAUUUUUUCUGUAUAAAAUUUAUGCCUUUUAGUUUUGUAUGUAUGUACAUAUUAUAUCAGAUGUAAUAGUGAUCUACUGUGUAGAUCAACGCUAUAAGUUAUGGUGCUUAAAAAUUUCACUUGUAUAUUACAGUCAAAUUACAGAUUGUCAGUAAUUGA